GGGCCGAGGCAACGACAGUCCGCCGCGAGCGCAUGCCAGACUUCGACACGCUGUUACGAUCGACCCGGAUCCGGCGCGCGGUACACUACUACGAAUAUCAAAUGGGAAACUUUUACUUUCGCGCGUGAUAGAACUGUUCGUGUUUCGCCGAUAAUUUGAUCAGUGUACGUGCGUGAGGCUAUGAUAUGCGUUAGUGUUACAAGAGAUACAUUUUCUCAUGUUUGAAAGAGACAAUUGCAAAAUGUUUCUGUGUGUUUGCCUAGUUAUUUGGAGCGGUGCCCUCGCGCCGGCUCUGGCCCAAGGGGAUCGUCGUUGUGGACACCCAGCAGUGCCGCCCAAUGCCAGGGUAUCCCUGCCGACUGCAGACAUUGUACCUGGGACAGUGGCCACAUAUGAAUGCGACGAAGGGUACGAACUGUUCGGGGCACAUCAAAGGGAGUGCACGCUUCAAGGCGAUUGGACUGCGGAACCACCUUUUUGCGGCACGAACGUGGCUUUUCGAAAGCCUGCGAACCAAUCAACGACCGUGAGAGGAGGCAGCGCGGGGAACGGCAACGAUGGAGAAAAAACGACAGAGCACGAUGGAAAACAAUGCACCGAGACAUUGAGAGAAGCUUCUCCUUGGUGGCAAGUCGAUCUACUUCGCCACUAUGCCGUUAAAGUGGUCAGAGUUACUACCCGAGGAUGUUGCGGUCACCAGCCUCUUCAAGAUCUGGAGAUUCGUGUCGGAAAUAGCAGUAGCGACCUUCAGAGAAAUCCUCUAUGCGCUUGGUUUCCGGGAACGAUCGAUGAAGGAGUAACGAAGACGUUUACGUGCGCUCGACCUCUGAUCGGACAACAUGUGUUCCUGCAACUAGUCGGCGUUGAAGGCUCUUUGUCGUUGUGUGAAGUCGAGGUAUUCACAACGGAAGAAUUCUCGAACGACCGCUGUGCGCCAGCGGGCGCGUCGGCGGAUAUAGAGCUAGCAGCGUUCGCAAGAAACUGCUACGAAUUCAGCGUGGCGAAAGGCGCUUCCUUCGAAGACGCGAGGCGGCAAUGUCAAGCACACGGCGGCGACCUUAUACACGGAUUUCAGGGAGCAACAUCGAGCUAUUUAAUUCAGGAGUUGGAAAGACGGAAGACACAGUUAAAAACUCAGCUCGUGUGGAUCGGUGCACAGAAGGAGCCUGGACUCACUUCCCGGACGUGGAAAUGGGUAGACGGUGAAACUGUGUCAAAGCCGGCUUGGGGCAAGGAUCAACCAAAUAAUUACAAUGGAGAACAAAAUUGCGUGGUACUUGAUGGAGGGCGCGCGUGGCUCUGGAACGACGUCGGCUGCAACCUCGACUAUCUCCACUGGAUCUGCCAGUACCUACCUCCAACGUGUGGGAGUCCUGACAAACUGUUAAAUACCACAAUCGAGGGAAACAAUUACAAAGUCGGUUCUACAAUAUCUUACAAAUGCCCAGAAGGACACAUGUUCGUCGGAGACAAAACAAGAGAAUGUAAACGAGAUGGAUUUUGGUCCGGCACAGCACCUAGUUGCAAAUAUGUAAACUGUGGUACUCUAACUCCAAUCCAAGAUGGAGAGGUUGCAUUAGUAGACGGACGGACAACAUACGGUGCAAGAGGAAUUUAUUCCUGCAAAGAAAACUACACUUUAGUAGGAGAACAGGAACGGUUAUGUGGUGACGAGGGUAUUUGGCAAGGAGAGGUUCCCAAGUGUCUAUUCGAUUGGUGCCCCGAACCGCCGCCCGUUGCCGGGGCUACAGUCAAUAUCGGAGGGCACAAAGCCGGCUCCCUCGCCACUUAUACAUGUCAGAAUGGCUUCAUUCUUUUUGGAUCUCCGAGCGUAACGUGUAACCUUGGCGGUGUUUGGUCUGGCACACCACCUUCCUGCAAGUACGUAGACUGUGGUACACCAGCGCAAGUGCACAAAGGAUCAUUCAGACUACUAAACGGCACAACUACUUAUGGGUCAAUAUCUCAGUUCAACUGUGAGCCUGAUUACUGGCUUGCUGGAGCAGAAACACUUACCUGCAAUCGUGACGGAAAAUGGUCUCACGACAUACCUACUUGUGAACUGAUAUCUUGCCCGGACCCAGAAGUCCCAGCGGGAGGGUAUAUGGAAGCCUACGACUACAAUGUUCACUCGACAAUCGACUUCCAUUGCGAGAAGGGACAUAAGCUCGUUGGUGAGCCCAAUCUGACCUGCCAGCAAGAUGGGGAGUGGUCAGGAGAAUCGCCGAAAUGUGAAUAUGUGGACUGUGGAAAACUACCGCCUUUGCCGUACGGUACGUCAGAAUUGUUGAACGGUACGACACAUUUGGGCAGUGUCAUACAAUACGCAUGCACUACCAAUUACCGGCUAGUGGGAGCUGUGAGGAGGGUGUGCACUGAAGAAUAUCAAUGGAGCGACUCAUCACCCAGAUGUGAAGAAAUACGGUGUCCCGAGCCAAUAGUAGCCGACAACAGUAUAGUGUCAGUAACAGGAAACGACCGAAUGCACGGAAGAACGUUGAUCCGUACAUCAGCGAGCACGAACGGUGGUAACACGUACCGUAUCGGCGCUCUUGUGAAGUAUCGAUGCGAGCGAGGGUACAAGGUACUCGGCGAGAGCUUGUCGACAUGCGAGGAUAACGGCCAGUGGAGUGGAGUCACACCUAAGUGUCAAUACGUGGACUGUGGUAAUCCUGGGCGCUUACAGAACGGCAAGGUAACGCUGGCAACAAACGCUACGUAUUAUGGCGCUGCCGCGUUGUACGAGUGUGACCAACACUGGCAACUAGAUGGCGUUUCGCGGAGACUGUGCCAGGACGAUGGCACUUGGAGUUCUGAGGCACCUGUUUGCAAAGAAAUAACUUGCACGGACCCAUCGAUCCAAAUUAAGGGCAGUCUUGGGUUACUUGUCGUAACAUCAACCCUCGGCAUCGGCGGUGAAGCUCAUUACCGAUGCGAACGAGGUUACAGUCUUAAGGGUAACGAGACGAGGACAUGUUUGCCAAGAGGCUUGUGGGCCGGUACUCCACCAGUCUGUAUACCUAUUGACUGCAAAUCUCCCGGGACAAUCGAAAAUGGACGCAUAAUCAUAUCGAAUACUUCGACGCUCUUUGGAAGUUCCAUAGAGUAUCACUGUUUACCACUGUACCAGCGGGUUGGGCAUUUCCUAAGGAAAUGUUUAGAAGAUGGGAAAUGGUCCGGCGAUGAACCGAGAUGUGAACUAGUCACCAAUGAGGCCGCGGAAAGUGGAGCUUUGCCACUAAGCGUUGGCGUUGGAUGCGGUGUUGUUCUAUUUUUAUUAAUGCUGUUGGGAGUUAUUUACUUAAGGCUACGAAAAGCAACACCAGUUAAAAACACAGAAAACAUUGAAGGUGCGGAACGCAAGGAAGACCAAAACGCGGCUGUCAUGAGCUACGCAACACUUCAUGACACAAACGGCCGACAUAUUUACGAUCAUGUGAGCGACAACCUUUACGACUCACCGUACAGCGAGAGUUUAGCCGAAAACGUAGCGUACGGAAGAAGGAGUGACACGGAUUCGGCGUACGAACCUGAACCAACGGGGCCCAGCGCUGUGGUCACCAUUAACGGAGUAGCGAUUCGUUGAUGGAACUUUAUUUUUACGAGUUAAUAUUGCCUCGUAGUGAUUAGAGCUGUAAAAAAUUUAACCGUUUAUGUGAUGAAGACGACAACGUAUUAAUCAAUCAGUGAUAUUAUAUUGACUGUAACUAGGAAUAUUUUGCAACAUUGUAACCGGGUAACCGAUGGUACUUACCUACACGAUUAUUUAUUCAUCAUAACUAAUAUUCUAGCCUUUUUAGUAUAUGUAUAGGAAGCGGCUUGUAAGUUAAACUAUGCGCGGUAACAUAUUUUCGGGUGUUAGCGAUGUAAGAUAAGAGUAGAGAUGUGUAAGUAAUGCACGUAAUAUCACCAAUGAGAUAUCACUCGAACGCGUACCAUUACAUUACGUAUCACUCCGAGAAAUCAAGCAUCACUCCGUCCAAACAUUACUCGAAAUAACAUUACCCGAGAUUGACCGUAAUAAAUUCAAUACAUAGACGCGCCGAUACGUAAGGUCGGUUCAAGUCUAUACACAAAACGCGUAAUGUAUGUAAAAGGUGAUGUGUGCAAUGGCAUGGCAUGGCGCAAACAUUACAUUUGUUAUCCCGCUCGCACUUGUACUCUUGUUGUAGCUUUGUACUACUCACUCGGCCGCGCUAUGUAAUGUAGGUGAUUGUCAAUUAUUUCACAGUACACGUCGAACAAUUUUCAUUGUAAACCUGAGUAGACAACUGUAAUUUUGGUUCAUCUUACUUGCCGGGAUCUAUACCUUCAAUGAGUAAGAAAUUAAGAAUGCGUCUAGUUCAAGUUGUGUCGCUCAAUUACCAUCUUGCCAAUAAUUGGUUUUAUGAGCUAUUACUUACUGCUAAGUUUUUUUGUAUAAUAUUUUUAAUGGUUACCAAUUUUAUAACAAUGCCAAUACAACUGAUAUGUGCACUUCAGAUGGAGUUCCAUAUUUCACUGCCGGUACACGAGUCAUUGAAGUAUGAAUAAAAUCUUAAGCGCGCUUAGCUUGAGAUUUGGAUGUUUUUAUUUUUUAGUUUGAUAUUUCCAAAAUAAAUUAUUCAAAGUGGUCCCCAACCAUUACUAGGUAUAUAACCAAAGAUGUAAAAAGAGUUGGAAAUUGUAUGAAAUAUAUUUAUAUUUAUGUUAGAUUAUGACUGUGUAUAUUAUAUAUCGAGAGCCUUCUAUUAGGAGCCACACAUACCUCAUUUUAAAGAAAUAUGCUUUAUUUUACGGUUCAGGGUCUGGAACUUUAAAACUUUUCUAUUUUCCGAAGCCACCACAAUCCUAUAUUAGGCUGGUACUUACCAUAUGAUAGGAGCGUGGGUUCACAAACUUUCAGCCACCCUAAAAUGAGGUAUCAUAUAUUAUACGAGUACCUAUUAAAUAACGUGACUCUAGGGUCUAAUUUAUUACACAAACAAGCGUCUAGGGUUGCCAACAUUUCUUGAGAAAAAUUUGUAUUUUUCAAAAAAUUAAAAGUUAGUAUAAAUACGAGUACGUAUUUUAUGGAACAAGCGAAAAAAUUACAUAAAUUGUAAUGUUUUUAAAAACCAUAUUUAGUUGCAUUUUUUUAUCAAAAAUUAAUUUUUAAAUUACUGAAAACAAAAAGAUAUCUUUUUUGUAUAUUCUUCGUUUAUAGUUCGGAACUCGAUAAGAAAGACAACUUUGAAUACGCUAGAUGCUAUUUAACUGUCGAAAACUUUCAUAAAUAUUUAAAAUGAAAAAUUUGUUAUCUAUUUAAGAGUAUACCUACAUAAGAAAAUGAGUUAUGGUCUGGCUAUCGUAGGCUCUCGGUCCAUUACUUGUCUGCAACUUAUAUCGGCCUUUCUGAUAAUAGGAUGUUGUUGUAAAUUUAAGGAAGUUAUCAUUCAUUGCAACUAUAAAAUAAGUUUUAAUAUAGUUUUGUAAUUUUUUAUACUUAUCACAAUUCCAAUAACUAUUAUUAUGUAACUUUGUACUACUUUUUUAUACUUUUUGUGCGCUUCUACGUCCCAUAGUAAUAAGAAUAAGCGGUAAGCUUUAAUUAAUUUUCUUUACAUUGCUUAUUGCAGAGGAUACUGACAAUUUGGGCCCAGCACGUUACAGUUAAAAAAAAAUUAUAAUAAAUCAAAAUCACCAAAAAUCAUUAGAAUUCACAGUUGUUAAUAUUUUGUAAAAUGGGUGUUUUUAGUUGAUAUCGUGCUUUUUUAUCGUAGGCAGAGGUAUAAUAAAAACAACAUUUUUGUUUAAUGAUUCACAAAACUAAACCAGUCUAAAUCAAUAAGUAUUGGUAUUUAAUAAAUUACACUAAUUUGGAUAUUGUAACGGUUAAUUCAUUAAGCCAGGGCACAGCAAUGUAUGAAAAAUUGUCGGUCUCCUAUUAGUAUUUUUUUAGAUAAGUAACGUAUUCUGUUAUGCAAUCAACGAUAUUUUAUAUUAUACACUACAAAAUCACCGCAAAAAAGUGACUCGUAUUUCGCUACUCAAUAGGUACAGCGCAUAAGUACAUGCAGAAUUUUGUGUUUUCUUAAAUUAUAUAUUUAAGUAUUUACAUUUCCUGAACACACAACUUGACAUUGUAGACAGUAUUUAGGUAUUAUGUGUUUAAAUAACUUUCGUUGUUUAAUAAAUGAUGCACUAGUGCUUUAUCUCUAAUCAAAAUCAAAAAUCAAAAAUUCAUUUAUUUCAAGUAGGCUCAGUAUACAAGCACUUUUGAUACGUCAGUUGACUAUUUGUAAAGAUUCUACCACCGGUAUUCUAGUAUAAAAUAUCGUUGUAUGCAAUAGCUUUAAUGUUAACUUUGGAUAGAAAACUAUCGCAUAAUAAAUGUUUUAACUCAACGAACAAAUAUUACGCCGUGAUAAGAUUGCUUUUAUUUAUCUUGUUAAAAUAAUAAUCAAAAUGUGCAAUCAAAAGUUUAAUAUUCACUGUAGAUAAUCAUCAAUCAGAGGGCCUAGUGGCAGUUUGAUACUGUUACUAUUGCGUUAACGUAAACGCAAAUUUCGAAGGAAUUGAAACAGCGCCAUCUAGUGGCACUACUGCACAACUGUUUCAAUUCCAUAUAAAUUCGCGUUUACGUCAACGCGAUAGUAACAGUAUGAAAAUAUUGAAAACUCCCACUAGGCACACAGAUCUAGGCAGAACAAAAGUAAAAAUAGUAUUUUUCUCUCUCAAUAUCAAAAUCUCUCGAAUUAGAAAGUUACCUACUUAUUGAAAAUUAUAAUAUUUUCAGACGUUAUGAUUAUAAAUGUAUUAAUUGUUAAUUAUGUUUAAAUAUUUUUAAUUAUGCCCCUUUUCACAAAUAGAAUUCAGUUGAAAUUACUAACAUUUUGUUUUAAGAAUAGAAAAUCAAUCACUUAAUUUAGAUGUGUAUGUUCCUUUAUAUAAUCUAUGGACUAUCAUUAAAAUUCGAACUCAUUUUAAUUAUUUUAAGCAACGAAUUCAUCUUUUAUAUUUCCAAUUCAACGAAUACAAAUGUUAGCGAAUUCUAAACUUUUAGUUGUUCCGAAUUCGAAAUCGGAAUUAUGUGUAAUAUUUAGAUAAGUUUUCUUAUGUGUUUAAACCGAUUUAUAACAAUGGUAAUUGUAGAUAACAAUAAUGAAAGAGGAUAAUUUAUACCUAAAAAGCAUGCAUUUAGGUCAUGUGUAACAUAAUAAAUAUGUAGGCGAAAACUUACAUAUACAUUACAGGUACAUAUGAAAAUAACAAACUAUAUUUCGUGAUAUUUUACUGACUUAAGGUAGGACUUGGUGUAUUGAAUUUUCAAUCAAAUUUAUUUAUUGCGUCGAGUGCGUGUUUGUACUUAUUCGAUCGCUUAUAACUGUGUGCCUAGUGGGAGUUUUCAAUAUUUUCAUACUGUUACUAUCACGUUGACGUUUACGCAAAUUUAUAUGAAUUGAGACAGUUGUGCAGUAGUGCCACUAGAUGGCGCUGUUUCAAUUCCUUAGAAAUUCGCGUUUACGUUACGUGACAGUAACAGUAUCAAACUGCCACUAGGCCCUCUGUUAAAUUGAAUUAGCGCCAUCUAGUCACAGACUGUCAUUUCUCUUCUUGUGCAUCCAUGACCAGAAAAACAAACGCCACGUCAUGUUGCGAAAAAAAAUGGAAUUAAUUUCUUUAUUCGUUUAUAAUCCGUGAUGCACAGAUGGCGUUUUUUCGAUACCUUACUUUUAACCGACUUCAAAAAAGAAGGACGUUAUCAAUUCUUCGGAAUCUUUUUUUACCCUUUCGAAUACCUAGAAAUACUACCGCUCAUCACACAGACUAGGUAGGUACGUAGGCAAGGGCCGAUCCAGCAAUUUUGCCGCUCUGAGCAUAGAUAAAUUUUGUCGCCCUAUAAAUAAACCAAAAAUACUUUUAUUAUUACAUUGUUAUAUUAUUACAGCUUUUUGACUACUAGUUGAAAGAUAUAAAAUAAGUCUGCUUAUUAAAAUAAGUCAAUUUUGUUGCACUUCAUUUUUGCCUCUUUAGACAAAUGCCCUCUCUGGAUCGGGCUCUGUACGUAGGUAGCGUAGAGGGAUAAUAGGUUCUGCUAGGCUAUUCUGUAACGAUAUUUUUAUAACUCACAAGUGCGAGUUUCGAAUUCACCCUCUAUCUCACUCUGUUUACCACGAUACUAUAGAAAGAGAAAGCGGUGAGUUCGAAACUCAGCACUGAGAUAAACAAAACAUUGUUAGAGAAUAGCCGUGCUCUUUAUGGUGGGUAGGGAGAUAUUUUAAAAUUUUACUAAAUUCGGUCAAAGCACUAUAGCUACUUUAUUAUGUCGGUAUGAAACAUCCUAUGCCCUACUAUACGUUUAGUCUUUUCAAUAUAUAAUUUUAAAAUAUGAAACACAUCACGUAGGUAGGUAUUCUUAGUAGUAAGAUUUUUAUUUUAAAUGAAUACUAAUGUGAUUGUUACAACGGUCGAAAUAAGGAUCUACUUUGUUGUAUUUUGUAUAAAUUAGAUAAUAAUUAUAUUAUUAUUAUAUCUGCUCGUACAUUUGAGUACGUAAUUGUUUUAAUGUGUUCGUUUAAUAAAUGUAUUUGAUAUAUAG